AUAGGUUAGAGAAUUGCUUGUUGUUUCACAUGUUUUAAUUGUUUUGGUCUGGAGAAAAGUCUACAGUAUGUUUGUUUGAUGCUUGUGUUAUGUGCUGUUUGUUUACAUAAAUAAUGGUCAUUUAUUUUUAGCUGUGAUUUUAAAAGAGGCAGAAUCUGAAACACAUAAAUAGCCAAACCCAGCAGACGGUCUUUCCCACUUGAGUGUCUGCCAUGCAGGCUAGAAACUGAGUUCAUUUCACUGAGUUUAAGUUUCUCACUUAUUGGAAUGUUUUGCCGAAAUUUUGUAUCAAAUUCAUGAAUUUUAAUGUUCUAGAGGUUUAUCAAGUGUUGUGAGAAAAUGUGUACACAAGGCGUCGGGUCAGGAGUAUGCGGUGAAGAUUGUGGAUAAAUUGAGUGAUCACGGAAGCUGUGAUAUUGGAGAAGUCACAAAAAAUGAAGCCGACAUUUUAAAGACAUUGUCUGGACAUAAAAACAUUAGUAAGGCCAUAUAAAAUAAAUUCCUUGAUUCUCAUCGCUAAAUUUUAAAAACUUCCAGGAGGCGGGAGGUUUAUAUUUUAUAUUUUAUGUCAAAAUAUAAAAAAAAGUUUAAAAUUUAAAAAUUGGAGAGAGAGGUCUUUUUAUAUUUGCCCUUAAAUAUAUUAUAGAAGAACGCUAUAUAAGUGGAUAAUUGCACAUGCGCUAAUGAACAUGCAUAAGGGUCCACACAAAUCGUUGUAAUAAGGCUAUAAGCCCAUUUUUUCCUUCCGUAUUCCAAGCAUCCCUUAACAUGUUGCAAUAUUAACGAUAAAACAAUUUUAUAUCGCAAAAAUUCCAAUAUAAAAUAUAAAAAUAACUAAAUCUCUGAAGAUGCUCGGUCGGGCGGUAAAUUUAUAUUUUAUAACAAAAUACAAAAAUAUAUCAACGCGGAAACCAAAAUAUUACAUUGUUAAAUUCUUCUUUCUAUUUUUGUUUUGUAGUAUCGCUUGUUGAUUUUUUUGAGUCGCCGACAUAUUUUUUCCUUAUUUUUGAACUGUAAGUAUGCAGGAAUAUUAUUUUGUAUUAUAAAUGAAUCACAACGGGAAAAUUUUCUGUCCAUGGAAAAUUUUCUUGAGUGGAGAUGGGCCUCAAAAUUACAACCUUUACAUAAUUAGUUAAUUAAAUAAAUAUAUAUAUCAAAAUUGCAAACAAAUUUAACUAGUUUAUUUUUUGUAUAGUGCCGUCGGUGGAGAGUUAUUCGAUCAACUGACCAAAGAUGUAACAUUCUCUGAGAAAAGAGCAAGGUUUGUAAAGUUUCAAGCUCCCUUACAUGAGCGCUAUGAUGGGUGACAUCCGUGUUGACAAAAACGCUGCUUGGUUAUAUAAUGCCAGUAUUAUGUGCAGAAUUACUGUACACACCUUGGCUUCAUAUUGCAAAAAAUGUGUAUAAUUAUACACACCUUUUUUUCUUGGGUACCUGUUUAAAUCAACACACUGCAUGCUAUUGGUUGGUUGGUGAUACACACAUGAUGACGAACUGACCAUUUCUUGCAUAAACUAAGACAAAACCAUAGAUAAUGAGGUGUAUUAUGUCUGCAUCAAGUUUCCUAGUUUCAACUCACCUUAGGCGUAAAAAAGAAAUACCUGUGGUUCCGGUUUCAUAUCGUGAAAAAAUUAGGGUCGGUAGGUCGGAAAUAAAUAUUUUUUUUUAAAUAUUUUUUUCAUGGUUUUGGCGGGUUUUUGCCGGGCGAUUUGCAGUAUUGUCCCGACAUCAAUAUUAACUAGAGAUGCGUAUUUCCUAUGGACGAAUUUAGGCAAUUUGGUUCAAUAAUUAGUGUGACAACAGACGCCAUUUUGGCACGCUGUAUGAGCAGCCCGCAACCACCUGGAGAAAAUAGGGUUGUGCAGUCAAUUGCGUUGAAAAAAUAAUUGGGUCGGCAGGAAAAAAAUAGGGUCGGUCGGGAACCGGAACCACAAGUUGUUUUUUUUUACGCCUUAUGUAAUGCCGUUUGCAUAAAUAUUGUACUCACCUUGGCUUCCAUGUUGCAAAAGAUGUGUAAUUAUACAGUACACACCUUUUUUUCUUGGGUACUUGUAUAAUUAAAUCAACACACUGCAUGCUAUUGGUUGGUUGGGGAUACACACAUGAUGAUGAACCGACCAUUUCUUGCAUAAACCAAGACAUAACCAUAGAUAAUGAGGUGUAUUAUGUCUGCAUCAAGUUUCCUAGUAACCUUAUUCUAUGACUCACUAUGUUUCCAUGAAACAAAGCAAUAAUAAUUAUUUCACUUUGGAAUCAUACCAAGGAACUGUAGCAAUGAGUCAUCCUUUGGCUUUGGUUAUUUUGUUCUAGGAAAGUUAUGUACGAAAUAUUGACUGCUGUUAAAUACACACAUUCCAAAAAUAUUGUGCACAGGGAUUUAAAGGUAUAAAAUAUAAAUAAUUAUUAAUUAAAAGUAAUUAACAAUCGUUCCUGUUUCAAAGUUUUUUUUAAACAAGAAUGACAAGGAAAAAUUCCCUCACGUCAAGUUGCCUGACAUCCCCAUCAGGGCUCCUAUUAUUUUGUGCCUGCAAACAAUUUUCAUACCUUCAUGCAUAAUGCGUCUGCGAAAACGCAUCUUACUUUUGGUUUUCAGAUCUAAAUAUUGUUAAAAUGUCAGAAUGUUAAAAUGUGCUUGAUCCAGCCCCGUUGCUAGUUUGUUCCAGUGAGCUCUACAUACAGUAUAUAUACAGUAUACUGGUAUUUAUAUAAAUAUAUGAAGAUAAUAUGUACAUAAAACUAUCUUUUCAGCCUGAAAAUAUUCUUCUCAACGACAAAAUGACAAUCAAAUUAUCAGAUUUUGGUUUUGCUAAAGAGUUGAAAGAAGACGAAACACUCACCGGUAACUACACGCGUACAGUACAUAUACCAACCCUGACCGUAAACAUUAAAUUUUGUUUUCCUGUUUCAAAUAUUCAGAAUCAUAUGGUUCUGGAGCAACUAGAACCAAAUGCAUUGUAUGACUAUUAUUAAUAGUACAAACAUUUUCCUAUAGAAGCAUCCUGGUUGAAAAUGAGACUAAAAGCACCCUAAAUUUACUGGUUAUAAUCUAACUCUUCCAAUUCUUCCCAGUUAGGUCUAAAAACUAAACCAUGUAUAGUUUCGCAGUUCGAUCAACAAAAACCCUUCAACGAUCUGUACUGUUGAACGAGAUGUUUUAGAAUAUUUCUGGCUAUAAUUCUUUCUAGACUUGUGUGGUACUCUUGGUUAUCUCUCACCUGAAGUUCUCCGUGCCAGUAUGUACGACGAUCAACCUGGAUACGGGUUUAAAGUUGAUCUGUAAGUGUGAAGAGUCCACAAGAUAUUCAAUAUACUUGUCUGUGCUUUUACCCUCAAAUUGCCUUUGGUCCAUCUUUGUAUUUGACCCGAAUUUUUUAAAACUGCUCUUUACCAGUUGAGAGUGAUUGUUUUGAUGAGAGAAAUGGUUUUCCACAAUUUUCAGAAAGUUUGAAGUGGGUUGGGGCACUUUUUAAAUUUUCUUGAAAAUUUCCUGUGGUCUCCCCCUUUGCUCACCCUAGCCAUAGGGUUGCGUUUGGUCCCCUCGUUGCAUUUGACCCAAAUUUGACCAAAAACUGCUUUUCAUCAGUUGAGAGUGAUUGUUUUGAUGAGAUUUUAUAAAUUUGAGCUUGGAAAUGGGCGACGGUAUCUACGGAAAUGUAAUAGGGACACUAUUCAAUUGGGGAGGAUGCAUCAGAGUUGAUUGAAUAUUACUACACGUAGUAAAAACCUCAAUUCAUCAACUGUAAUAAAAAUUUGAAGCAGUUCAAAGUUGAUGUGGUGAAAGUCAAUGAGAGUUGAUUGAAUAUUACUACACGUAGUAAAAACCUCAAUUCAUCAACUGUAAUAAAAAUUUGAAGCAGUUCAAAGUUGAUGUGAUGCAAGUCAAUGAGAGUUGACAGUCAAACGCGGACGGUAGUUGUAACUCUCUUCAACUCGAAUCUUCAUUUGCCCGAAGAUUGAUUAAUAAUUAUUUUAUCUUUUGUUAAGGUGGGCCUGUGGUGUCAUAUUGUUCACGUUGUGAGUACCAUUUUCAUUCUAUAUAUAUACACCUACCAAAAUAUUUUUGCAUAACCAUGUGGUGUUAUCAAUGUUUGGGCUUGUAAUACGGUCAACAAUUGUCCAGAAAACCAUAACGAAAUUUGGUCAGACAUUUUUUAUUGCAUUCUAAUUUCCGGGAAUCUACUAAGAAACCAAGGUAUUUUCACUGUUGUUACCCUACUCACUACAUCAUUUUGCACUACAUCAUUUUUAGGUUGUCUGGGUGUCCACCAUUUUGGCAUCGAAGACAAGCUGUGUUGAUUCGUUCCAUCAUAGAAUGUCGUUACCAAUUCAGCGGUGCAGAAUGGGCUGAUAUUUCUGACUCUGCCAAAGACUUGGUACGUACAUGAGUUUUUAUUUUUUGUAUAAGACCUGCCGCACACGAGAGCUCUUGGCUGUGCUAACCCCAACGAAAGGAUGCAUUCAGCAAGUUUCUCAGAUAUCAAAUGCAAUUACUGUAGAUCUUUGUUUCGUGGCCUCGCCAGGUAAAAUUCUCAGAAAAAAACAUGUGCACAUGCAAGAGAGAGAAUAUGACUGAGAAAACAGCCUCACGAGGUUUGAUGUCAGCCAGGAGCUCUCGUGUGCGUCUAUCUUUGAUAACUUUAAUUACCUUACCAUGUAACUGUUGAUUACUUUACCAGACUGACCACUUCAUCAACUCUCAUUAACUUUCAUCAAUCGUUUCUCCCGUCAUCCACGUAAUAUCCCGUGUCCAUUCAUAAUUCCACUUGUAGUUAAAAUUGUAUUAUUUAUCUUGACAGAUAUCAAAACUUCUUGUUUCCGACCCAGAAGAAAGGCUUUCAGCUGAAGACUGUCUCAAACAUCCUUGGUUAGAGGGGGUCCAGGUAAGUUACAGUAAGCCUACAUAUGUUACACCAAGCAAUUUUUGCCAUGCAUUUUUUUUGACAUAAAACCAUGUUAUUUACAAAUUAGUCGCAGUGAAAUUGUAACCAUUGCCUUUGGUUUACUCGUCCUUAGGUUUACUCGUCCUUGAGUACGUUAUUUAGAGUAUAGAAUGCAGGUCAUGCUGACAAUUUAUCUGACAUAGUUUUAUAACACGGCUUCAUAUUAGGAAUUGCAUUGCAAGUUUCAGCAAAAAAUGUCUCGUGUGGCAUGCCCUCAGUUAAAUUUUAUCCAAAGCUCAGUGCCAAAUGAGCUUUGAACAUCUGGCCCCUGAGUUCAAUACUACAACCAGCUGAUGUUAGUACUACAUGAAACAUGUCUGUGUACUGUGUAUGGAUUUUGCAGUGAUUCAUUCAAUCAUUCAUAUCUUGACUCUUUCAUGAGGUUCCCUCGCCACUAUCUUCCUUCUGCAAAUAUUUUUUAAGUAUCUCAUCAUUAUCGUUUAUGAAUAAUUUUAUUUUCCUUCGAAUUGUUCUGAAUGUAUUUUUAUCCGUUCGUUUAGAUCACAAGACCAGUUGCUUUUGUCGGAAGAACUAAAUUUCGGGUACGUGAAAAGAUACAGUCAACGCUCUACGGAAAGUCUUGGGUUUUCUCCGGGUACUCCGCAUCCGAUCAGACAUUAUCCGUAAAGCCUGUUUUCCACUAGGCGGAAUUUUUCUUUGUCUUAUGAUUUCUCGGGUGGAACUAAUUAGAAAAGACAAAGAAAAAUUCCGCUCCACGCGCAAAAUUCCGCCUAGUGGAAAACAGGCUUAAGGUGUCUACCAGAGGCGCCCUUAGAAAGCCUUCGACUCAAUCAGGUUGAGCUGCAUCCUUUGCAAUUCAGCUUAGCUCUCAGCUGCAAGUAAGGAUGAUUACCACACCACACUUAUUUGCCCACUCUAGUUUUUGGAAAUGAAAGUUUUCGUGCGGUAAACUUUAAAUCGCUUUCAUGAACUAGAUGAAUAGUGAGGUAAUGUACUAAUGUGUAUAAAAAAAAGGUUACUCAUCCAAAAACUCGCCCAAUAUCUGUAUUUAGUAUAUACUCGCGAGGUGCAUAGUGCUUUUCACGGGAGCUGUAAUACAAAUUGUUUAUUUUCGUUGUGUUUUUUUGACAUGGUACUGUAUUAAUGAGUUAAGUAGUUUAGUUAAAUGAAUAUUUAAUAGCAUUUAUAUAAUAAUAGUUUGUUCUAUAUUACUUUUCUAACACCUCGCAGGAUCUGGAGGAGAAACUAAAUGCCGACCUGCGUAAUGUUUGUGUUUGGCUUAAUGAGAAUAAACUAACUUUGAAUACAAAAAAGACCAAAUUCAUGAUCAUUGGGGGUAGCCGUAAACUUUCUAAUAUUGAUUCCGUCACAGUCAAGGUAGCUGGCAGUAAUAUAGAAAGAGUCGAAGAAUUCUCGUAUCUUGGAAUAACUUUUUCAACUAAUAUGACCUGGACUGAACAUGUUAACCAACUCUGUUCAAAGAUCAGCAAACGUCUGGGGCUCCUGAAGAGAAUUAAGCAUCUGCUACCGCGAUACGCAAGACUACUUUUUUACAAGAGUCUUAUUUUACCUCUGUUUGACUACGGCGACCUGGUAUGGGGGGAUAAGAACAAUGACGUACUGAUGGGCAAUUUACAAAUUCUCCAAAACAAAGCAGCAAAAAUCAUCCUUGACUAUCACCCACUUUCUUCGUCUAGUGCUGCGCUGGAUGAGUUGGGAUGGAACAGGCUUCACCAACGUCGAUUUUAUCAUAGAUGUUUAUUCAUUUUUAAAUGUUUGAAUGGGCUAUCUAUGUCUAAGUUAAUCUUGAAAUCGCUAAGCGAACUUCAUUCCUAUAACACUAGAAAUAAGAACAAUUUAUGCUUGCCUAAAGUUAAACGAAAUUGGGGCAAGCAAAGGCUCGAGUACCAUGCAGUAAACGAUUGGAACACUCUUGACGAAGAGACUAGACAUUCAGACUCAAUUGCUAAGUUCAAAAUGAACUAUUUUAAAACUCACUAGUGCUGAAUUAUAACACUCAUAGCAUGCUGACGUAUAUAUACUCUUUGAAUUCUAUUUAGUUACUAUUUUUAUUGUUGUAGAUAGCUCACAGCUCUUAGUCUUACUUGUAAUUUAAACACUAGGCAUACUUUUAUUGAUUUUUAACGUUAACCUUAUUGUAAUGUGAUGGAUUUGGUUUUUAUGACUCAUAUUUAUAUAUGUAUAUUUUUAAAUAUAGGACCUCUCUGAAAAUUACUUUACGUGAGAGAGUUUCCUAUUUAAAUAUUGUCAUAAAUAAAAUAAAUAAAUAAAGUAAAUUAUAGUUUUAAAAUUGUAACAGUUAGCCAGCACACCUUUCAUGGAAAUCAGCAUAAUGUUGAAUGAGAUUAGUGUGCCAAAAUAAAGUUGAUCUAUAUCUAUCUGUAUAUGCCAAAACUUCAUGUUUUGGUGAAUAUUCUUGCACUAUCCACCUCACUUCAGUGACUAUUAUUAUUGCUGUACGCCCAAGCAGGCAUUAAAAUACGGAAUUUGUACAAGGACAUACUUCGCCUUCAGAGGCGUAUUUUUGGUAUAAAUGCGCAGACUCACGAGAACGAGUGGCAAAGCCAUAAGUUUAGCGUCGAAGGCGCGAACUUUUAAGGGGGUCUCUGAAAUGGCAUUUCCAGAGAACAGAAUUUGCAAAAUCUUUGGCCAUUUUGCGUGGAUUACAUUAAUAUAUUUUCAGUUUAAUAUAUUUUCAAGUACACACUUUUCAAUUUACAAGGGCACAUUCGCCUUUUACAAGGACACAAAGUGUGUACAAGGACACGCUAUUUUAAUGCCUGGCCCAAUUUGUCAUUUUAGGGAGUGAUGAUUGCUGUGCGUACAUGCCUCGCUUUGCGUCAAAUGAUGCUGGAUAAACAACUUAUCACAAUGGAAAUGGCGAAGAAUGCUCCAUACAAAGUAAAAACUUUCAGAAAACUCAUCGAUGGUUGUGCCUUCAGGAUAUAUGGUCACUGGGUUCAGCGUAAACGAGAUGACAUUCAAAACAGAGGGGCGCUGUUUGAGAAUCGUCCCAAAAUGGAAGUUCUCAAUGGUGCUAACACCUGCAGGACUAACGACCGCAUGGACUCGGAUUUUGUUUAUAGUUUCACCCAUAGGUAACGAAAGUUGUGGUGACUGUGUAUAGUUUUACCCCUAGGUGACAAGGGUUGUAGUGUUUAUAUUAUAGUUUUAUAGUAAGUCACGAGAAAUGCCAACUCUGUAGCCCAUUGGUCAGAGCGCUGCACCGGCGGACAUAUACAUAUUGGCGUAAGGCAUAAGGUACUAUGCACAAUAUUUCACGGCAUGGUCUACUUUCCAGACCCCGUUGAAGAUAUAAGAAAUCCAUUUAAUAAAUAAUGCUUAUAAGUAAGUCACAAACGAGAGAUCCCAGGCGCAUGUAGAGGUCGUAUUCGGAAGUAAAUCGCGCAAAAUUAAUCGCGCAAACUUUGUUACAUGCUGACUUAUCAAAAAUAGUACUCAAGUACAGUAACGAAGUACAUUUACUUCGUUACUUGACACAGGCUUGACACCACCGUUCUCACUACUUUAGUUCUACAGGCCUCAAAUAAAUUAUCGUUUCCCGGACAAAAAUUACCGGCAAUCACGGCUAGGCUGUAAACCACGUUUGACUACGCCGUGAAAUCCGUCAUUUCACGAGAACAAACAUUGGCACGGCUCUCGAAAAUACCCUUUAAUUUACCACCCUUUUUGUACUGCUGGAAAUCCUAGUUCAGUAAACGUUUUUGCCUUGAAUUUCAUGCCAUCUAUAACUUAAUUGUUUUCCAACUCGUACCCAGGCAAUAGUCACGUGGCUCACAGAAAAUUGAUUAAGCCUAAGGGGGUGAGGAAAAGUAUUUUAAUUUAGCACCCAGAAUCUGGGAGCCGCGUAAUUACACACUAAUAGGCGUACUUAAUUAAAACAAAAUUAGCGCAUACAAGUUUUAACGCCAACUCUAACCCUAACAAAAACUAAUCUUAAUCUAGCACUAAUCUAAACUUGAUGACCUUUUUUAAUAACCUUAACAUGAUCUAACCCUAAUCUAAUCUUAAUCGGACACUAAUUUAUACUUGAUGACCACCUUUUUUUUUAUUAUUUGGGGGGGGGGGUCUCCCCCUUUAAUAGUGUCCGAAACUGGUUAUUCCAAUAAAUGCACAGCAUCUGUACUGACAAGAAAAUCAACCCAUCGCUUUUCGUAAAAUAUUUUUUACGUUUUUGGAGUGACAGUGUUUGAAACUUCCCUUCUAUUAAACGUAAGGUAAGACCGAUGCAGGCUAUCGCUAAUAUAAGUUGACAACCAAACUUGUAUUCUUGUAUUUUUUACUCAAGAACUUUGCACUAAGAA